AUGUUCAUUCUCCACUCGGCCCCCGAAGCAGCCCCCCUCAGUGAGGGACUGCAAAGCCCGGGACUCGGGUCACAGCGACAGGAUGCCAUUUGGAGGGUGUCACCCUGUCUUCCUCCCCGAGCCUGGCGGGCACAGUUCCUGGCUCAGAGGCCCUGGCUGGGGUCCCCAGCCCACGGCGAGCGGAGCUCCGGAGCCCGGGCCCAGGGCUGGCCUGCACCAUCCGCCCCAGGCCCUUGGUGCCGGGCUGGCGCUUGUCCCUUUGGCGCCGCAGGAGGAGGCCACCUCGGGUGGGGGAGGGCCGCGGGGGCCGCACCGGGGCACGGAGCAUGGGGCAAGGAUGCGGUCGAUGGCAACCUGGCCUCAGAGGGAAGCCAGGCCCACGCCUGGGGCGGGAAGGCAUUCCACGCUGGGACUGUCCCAGGCGGCCUAGGGGCUGGGACUCGACCGGAAGGUCCUGAAGCUCGAGGCCAAGAGACCCUGUGGGUCCCAGGGACCCCGUGCUCCGCGGCCGGUGGCUCUGACGUCGCGCUGCGCCCCGGCGCCCUGCUGGCUGAGCGUGGCCCCUGGGUCGGGGGUCUCUGGCCUCUGCUGGGACUCUGCCGGCGGCUGCUGGGCUGGCCCACCCUGGCUUUGGCUCGAAGCGCCGCCUGGGUCUUCCUGCGCAUGGGGAGCUCUGUGCAAGCCCAGCAGUGGCAGGGCUGCGGGGACGGGGCCUGGGAGGAGGCUGUGCAGCGCCCCCAGAAGGCUUUCCCCAGGCCCCCCACCGUCCGCUGCUGGGUGCCACCCGGCCCCGUGUCCUCUUGGGUAACGGGGCGGCUGGGAGCAGGAAGGACCCUGGAACCCAUCGUGUCCACACUGAGGUCCCCCAGACUGACCUUUGUGUGGCCCCUACGUUUUUUGGAGAUGGACUGUGUGCAGGAGGCGAUGCACUAUUCCUAA